UAGUGCAUUUUCCAUGGCACAUUAAGUUGUACAACUUAAAAAUAAAACAUUGACUAUUUUUCAACAGUUAUGUAUUCAAUUUUCUACUCAAAAUUUAUCGGUUUUACCCGGCUAUCUAUUAUGGUUCGAAGCUCCUAUUCCGUUCAGUUAAAAUCUAUUUACUGCUAUGAUUACCACUUAUCUUUGAACUUGAUUCAAAGUCAAUUUAUUAAAAUAAAUUUAAUUUGCAUUGAAACUAUUUGGUUCGUGCCGCCUCUUGUAUAGGAACAAACCUGUAUACAAGAGCCACGACUGUUAGGAUACAAACCCUCCUCACGCGAUCUAUUAGUUAUUCAGUUAUCAUCGAUUAACUUGACCAUUUGCUGAAGCUCAGCUUUCAAGAUCACUAUCAAGUGUUUUUAAAACCUUUGAUCCAACAUUAUGCAAGCUUCUCUAUAUAACAGUUCAUUUGGUCUAUAUUGAUCGUAGUUUCACUCUGACAAGGAACGAGAACUAAUCUAUAAUCAUGUUGAGCCACGCCGCCGUAUUGUCUUUAGCUGUUGCCACCAUUUUGGCAGCCCCUGUUCCAUCAAAACAAAUUACUCACUUUGAAAAUACUGUUCUCCACAAAGGUGCAAGAGCCAAACUAAUCCAUCAAAUCAUCCCUGUCCAGAAUUCAGCUUUGGAACAUCAUUUCCAGCAUCUUGUCAACGAUGUUUACUCCUAUCCGGAGUAUGAAUUCGCAUAUGGUGCCCGAGAUCCCAAAACAGGCAAUCACAAGGAUCACUGGGAGAAACGCGUCGGGGAUCAUGUCCAGGGGGUGUACAUGCUGGAGGAAGCCGACGGAACGCAACGGAUCGUCGAGUACGAAGCGGACGACAAGCAGGGCUUUCGGGCCAAAGUAACGAACGUCGGCCAGAAGCACCCGGAGGGAAGCAUCAAAUCUAAGUCUGAUCGCAAUGGAGCCGCAACCAGUUAUACCAUGCUCAGUAAGGCCAAUUAGCAGUCGUUUUGGUGCACGAUGGUUUAGAGGGAAUGAUAAGAUCUAAUCGUAACUGUGGUUUUGGUCAGAAGUAAAGCUCGAUUCAACCGUACCAAACUUGGUAAUGUUUGUUUUGCAUAAACUUCCAUACUAUUUGCGCGAACCGAAAGACUUGUCGCCCUAAGGAGGUGUACUUUGGGCAUUUCAGUGUGUCUGCACGAUACAACAGCCUAAUUACAACCGUAAUUGAAUGUUUUCAAGCAAUAUUGUGAGAUAUGCUGGGGGAGAACAAGAUCCAUAUUGAUGCAAGUGGAAAAUUGUGGCAGGCUUGCGUGCCCGCAGUGAUUACCUACCUACUAGUAGUAUGAUAAGUGAAGGGAUUGAUUUUGGUAUCUGCCUAAUGGCAAGGCAACAUAGUUUCCAUGUUAGAAAAUGUUAAAUUGGCGUUCCCCUCUGCAUUAAUGAUGUACUCUUUCUUGUGUUUCGGAGGUGCUUUAUUCUUGU